AUGAUGGAGAAGACGCCGCUUCGCCCUUCCGUUGCUACAUAUCCAUUGUUCUUUUUUUUUAGUAGUGUUGUGGAGGAGCACAGUGCGGUGGUGGAAGAUGUGUGCGGUGGAAAAGAAGGAAGAAACCCAGUAAACUGUCAGUGGAUUCAUGGACCUAUAAUAGUAGGCGCAGGGCCCUCUGGCCUUGCAGUUUCAGCCUGCCUUAAGCAAAAUGGAAUCCCUUUUCUCAUUCUUGAAAGAAGCAACUGCGUUGCUUCUUUAUGGCAAGAAAAAACCUACGAUCGCCUCAAACUUCAUCUCCCCACCCAGUUUUGUCAACUCCCAUUCCUUUGUUUCCCCGAAGAUUUCCCCAGAUAUCCCACAAAACAACAAUUCAUUUCAUACAUGGAAUCUUAUGCCACCCACUUUUCAAUUCAGCCAAGAUUCAAGCAAGCUGUGGAAAGAGCAGAAUUAAUUGAUGGCUUUUGGAUGGUUUUUCAACCAAGAACUUUCUCACUCAACAACUUCAGCAUUGCUGCAUACCGCACUUGCACCGCUCUGAACAAUGAGAUAAGCUGA